GUCAUUCAAAAUAUCAGGAACAACCCCAUCAACUCCGUUAGUAAGUGCGGGAACCAUAUCAAGAUCAUCUCUAAACUUCAACUGGACUGUGAAGAGUCCUCGAAUUUUCCAGUCAAACUGAGAGAGCGCUUGGCUCUUUCAUGGAGAUGCUUCAUCUUCAGGGUGCCUCUAUUAUUGGCUGUGAAUAUUGUAAGAAAUCUGUACAUCCUUGGGGCCCACCUUCUCUACUUCCUAAACCAUUUCUACAACUCACUGCAACGUCCAAGACUUUACUUAGCAAGUCUUCAUUAGAUAGUCGCCUAUCAAUUUCCUAUAGGAGUCCAAUAUCAGCAGAAGCUGAAAAGCAAGGUUGGGAUUUAGGAAGAUUUCUGAAGACCAUAUACUUUUUCCAAGGACCCCCAUCUCCUUCUAAGUUCGUUGAAUUCAUAAUUGAGAAACUGUCGGGUCCUGCACUCAGCGAACCGCCAAAAAGAAUGGAGUCUUCCGGUAUAGUCCUAGUUGCUGGAGCCACUGGGGGUGUAGGGAGAAGAGUGGUUGACAUCUUACGCAAAAAAGGAUUGCCUGUCCGUGUAUUGGUCAGAAAUGAAGAGAAGGCAAGAAAGAUGUUAGGCCCAGACGUUGACUUGGUAGUUGGGGACGUCACCAAGGAAAGCACUCUGGCCCUUGAGAACUUCAGAGGAGUGAGAAAAGUCAUCAAUGCUGUUUCUGUCAUCGUUGGCCCAAAGGAAGGGGACACUCCUGACAGGGCCAAAUACAGCCAAGGAAUCAAGUUUUUUGAACCAGAGAUCAAAGGCGAUUCACCUGAAAUGGUCGAGUACAUUGGGAUGAGAAAUUUAAUCAAUGCUGUCAAAAAGGGUGUUGGACUGCGGAAUGGAAAAGUAUUAUUUGGUCUCAAAGACGAUAAAUUUAAAGAUCUGCCUUGGGGUGCUUUGGAUGAUGUUGUGAUGGGAGGAGUUAGUGAAAGCACAUACAUGAUGGACACCAACGGUGGUGAAAAUGGUGGGCCUACUGGAAUUUUUCGAGGUGUUGUUUCCACUGCGAACAAUGGUGGCUUUACCAGUAUCAGAACAAAGAAUUUUACAGUAGCUGAGGAUCUUUCUGCAUAUGAUGGUUUAGAGCUUCGUCUAAACGGUGAUGGCCGCCGUUACAAACUCAUUGUUCGAACAAGCCGUGAUUGGGACACUGUUGGUUAUACAGCUGGCUUUGACACUGUUGGAGGGCUGUGGCAAUCGGUUUGUUUGCCAUUCUCUUCUUUGAGGCCUAUAUUUCGAGCACGAACUGUGACAGAUGCUCCACCAUUUGACCCAAGCAGUAUUGUGUCAUUGCAGCUAAUGUUCAGCAAAUUUGAGUAUGAUGGGAAAUUGAACCCAACUUUUGUGGAGGGUGCAUUUCAACUACCAAUAUCAAAUAUACGAGCUUACAUAAAGGAUCCUGUUGCUCCAAGGUUUGUACACGUGAGCUCUGCAGGAGUGACACGACCUGAUCGGCCUGGACUUGAUCUCAGUAAGCAACCUCCUGCUGUCCGCUUGAACAAGGAAUUAGGAUUCAUUCUCACCUUUAAGUUGAAGGGGGAGGAUUUGAUACGAGAGAGCGGAAUUCCAUAUGCUAUUGUGAGGCCUUGCGCAUUGACUGAGGAGCCAGCUGGAGCAGAUCUUAUUUUUGAUCAAGGAGACAACAUUACGGGGAAAAUUUCAAGGGAAGAGAUUGCUUGUAUUUGUGUGGCUGCUCUGGAAAGUCGAUCUGCUUGCGACAAGACAUUUGAGGUUAAAAGUGUAGUCCCAUUCAGCGAGCCUUUUACAGUGGACCCUGAAAAUCCGCCUCCUGAGAAGGACUACAAUGAGUACUUCAAAAAUUUGAAAGAUGGCAUCACAGGGAAGGAGUUCCUUCAGAAAAGUCCCGUUGCUGUCUAAUAGCCAGUUCAUCUUAGAUCUUUCACAUCAUACUUGAAUCUUGCUCUGAAGAUAGCAGACAUUAUGUAAUUAGAAAACUCACUAGGGAAAAUAUAUGUCAGUGCUGAAACUCUCACGUCACUUCAUCAAACUUGGUGUAGCGACAAUCAAAAGGAUGCUGGUUCAUUUUGUUUAUAAGUACAUGGAUCAACAUUCAUCUGUUGUAUACUGAAACUUAUGUUUAUACGAAAAGGUAUUGCAUCCUGUUUUGGUAGCA